AUGGCACUGACGCCGCACUUGUCAUCGCUGAACCUAUUGUUCUUCAACUUUGCAGUGAAUGGCUUCGCCAGCGGUGGCAUUGAGUCGUCGGCCGACGUAUGGAUUGUCGAGAUGUGGCAAAAGGAUUGCGGACCAUAUGUACAGGCGCUGCACUUUGUGUUUGGCAUCGGAUCCAUUGUGACACCGCUAGUGGUUGAACCAUAUCUUGUAGAAGUUGUCGCAAAACCGGACAACGAAUUAGUGGUCAUUUCAAAUUUGGGUCAAAAUGGUACCGAAUCACUGGUAGUUAUCAAUAACACAGCCAUUACUACUGUCCUAAAUGACAGUCAAAUCAUUACCGGACUAAACACUACACUACUGGAACAGACGUCACCGAUUGGCAGUGAAGACAUGUUUAUAUCGCUUGUGUACAUACCAUACAGUUUUCUGUCGGUUAUUGUUGCCGUUUGUGGUCUAUUUCUCGGUAGUCUCUUCUUCUAUAAGAGGUAUGUGCCGCCGGCUCUACCAAAAACACAUCAAACAUCACAUAACAAAACUCAUAACAAGACUACCCGCACAUCAAACAAGAAGCCAACAAUUUUUCAGAAGUUAAACAACGCUUUUAUUGAACAACUAAUGCCUACAAAACUGAUACUAUUAUUGAUAGUAAUGUGCGGUUAUCUAAUGUCUGUCUUCCUGUCCCUCGAAUGGUCACAAUUUAAUUACUUUCCGUCAUUCGCUCACUUUUCGGGUCUACAUCUCAGCGAAAAGCGUGCGGCCAUCAUAUCGACGGGACUGGCCAUUGCUUUUACCGCUGGCCGUGCCAUAGCCAUACCUGUAUCACAUUUUGUUAGCCCUAAGCUAAUGAUAUUCUGUAGUUUACUUAUAUUGUUGGUCUCGGAGAUACUGUUCCUGUUUUUCUCCAAUAACUCCGAAAUAUUUAUGUGGAUCGCAAACAUUUUGUUUGGACUGGGAUUGUCACCAAUAUAUGCAUCCAUCUAUCAUAUGGUCGAAGAGGUGACCCAGUCACCAAUCUAA